AUGGGACCAAAGGGUCUUCCGACGGGGCACAAGCAGCCGUCUUUGCAACAGCAGAACCAGCGCCAGCAGCAACAGCAUCAAGUGCCGCCAAGCCGGGUGCAACCUGCGAAACCGACUGCUGACUCCGAUGCCCACUCCAACGCCUCCGUCGAUGACGAUGUGCCGCUGCCGCUCGUCGACCAGAAGUACCUUUCGGACAAAAAGUUUGGGGAGUUUUCCAUUUCGUUAAGCAGCAAACGGGCGCUGUCUGAGGUACUCCGCUAUGAGCUUUGCUCCUUGGUUCAGGCGGCCUCCAUUCCCGUAUGCCUGGGGCCCGAGGAUGUCAUCGCCAAGGCCAAAACGGGCACUGGAAAGACCCUGGCAUUUAUCAUCCCGACGAUUGAAAAGGUUCUUGCCCGCCGCGCCCCACCUGGCAAGGUGUCAGCUCUGGUCCUGAGUCCCACUCGGGAGCUGGCUCGUCAGAUUCAAACGGAGACGCACAAGAUGCUCACAUUCCACCCAGGACUGCACUCCAUGGUGGUGUAUGGUGGUGUGGACGUGAAGAAGCAUCUCCGGGCGCUCAGCCAGCGUAUGCCCGACAUCUUGAUCGCCACACCGGGCCGCUGUUGGGACAUUAUGACACAGUCACACGAUCGCGCGCUGACCACCGUCCUGGACAGCACCCGGGUUUUGGUUUUGGACGAAGCGGAUAACCUACUGGAUAUGGGCUUCAGGCCGCAGAUUUCUAAGAUCCUGGGCUCCUUGCCGCCAACUUCCCAACGUCAGACGUUUCUCUUCUCCGCCACAUUUCCGGCGGACGUCAAGAGCCUGGCGGAUGUGGCUCUGAAGCGACAACACAGAUAUGUUGACGCGGUGGGUGAGGAUGUCGCCACCCACACACACGUGGAGGCCAGCAGCCUGGUGGUGCCGCUGCAGCGAGGGGAGCUGGCGCUGCAGCUGCUGGGGCUCAUUGCGGCACACAUAGCGCAAGAACCUGACUACAAGAUAAUUGUAUUCCUGCCAACCGCCAACCUGACGGCCUACUAUGCUGAAGCCUUCACUGUCGCGGGUUUGCGCGGCGUGUUAGAGAUCCAUAGUCGCAAGAGUCAGGCACAGCGGGACAGGGCCUCGGCGCAGUUCCGCUCCGAGUCCCGACUGGUGAUGUUCAGCUCGGAUGUGUCCGCGCGAGGAGUGGACUACCCCAAUGUGACGUAUGUCAUCCAGCUGGGCGCCCCAGCGAACCGGGAGCAGUACAUCCACCGCGCUGGCCGCACCGGACGGGCGGGACGAGCGGGACAAGGAACUCUGUUGCUCGCGGAUUUUGAGCGGCCCUUCCUGGACCGCCUCCGGGAUUUGCCUAUCACGCCAUUACAGCCAAUGCAGCUAGCAUUGCCGGGGUCAUUAGCCACCAGAGCUGGACGUUGCGGGGGUGGCAACGGCGCACCUGCUGCAGGACCGAUGACGGAGGCGCUGCUGCGGGAUCCCCAGGGCGUGCUUGGGCGAGUGGCGAACCAGAUUGACUAUGCCACCCGCGCGCGUGCCUAUCAGAGCGUCCUGGGUUAUUACAAGAGCCACGAGGUGCUCAAGUUCCGUUCCGAGCAGGUGGUUGGCCUGGCCAACCAGUACGCGGCGGAGGUGCUGGGAUGCCCCACACCGCCGGGCUUGCUAGCCAAGACAGUCGGCAAGAUGGGGCUCAAGGGAGUACCGGGGCUCGUCAUCGUUAAGGAAGGACAGCAAGGGCAGCCGCCACCCAGCUCUGCUGUCCCGGUUGGUCCGCCACCAACGCCGGGCCAGGCCGCUGCAGCGGCGGCAGCAGCUAUGGUGGCUGCUGGGACACAGCGUGCUGGGCCUUCCGGCCGGAGUGGUGCAGGCUCCAGCCAACAGCAGUUGCAACAACACGAACAGCAAGAGGGAGGGGCAGCAGCACCCGCGGCAACAGGGGCGGCAGGAGCAAGAACCGGCCGAGGGAAUGGACCGCAGCAACAGCUUUCGUCAGGGCUCUCUGCGGCAAACGGCUCUGGCUCGGCUGCUCAGGGACCGCAGGAUCUUGUUUCGGCCCAGCCGCAGACUCGGCUGACCACUCAACAGGGCGCUCCUGCCGGUGGCAGGAACGGUGGCAAUGAGCCCCAGUUGCUACCGAGGGCGCAGGUUUCCCAGACACCUGCGCCUGGGCUGCAGCCUCAAUUUCAGCAGCAGCAAAGGCUUCAAUCCGGACGAGGACCGGUGGCGGACCAAGCGCCGCGAGCUCCAGCUCAGCAGCAACAGCAGCAGGUUGGUGCAGCGCUGGUCGAGGCGCGAGGGGCUCGGGGCGGAGGGCGCCAGGCGCCAGCGGGGCCGGCGGGGCAAUUGCAGCAGCAGCCCGUUGAUUUGGUCGGUCCCGCUUUGCCUCCUGGUCUUGGGCCGUCUAGUCGCAGUGAACCUGUCGGUGUGAACAGCUCGCUGCCUGUGGCCUCUCCGCCUGUGGGCACUGUAAGCUCGAGCAACUCUGUCCAAGCUGCCGCGGCAGCAAUCAGUGGCCAGCCGUACCAGGGGGGCUUGCCUCCGGGGGCGCAAGGUGCUGCUCCGGGUGUCCCUCCGCCAGGUGGUGCGCAGCAAUCAGUUUCAGCAGAGUACGCUGUGCUAGCAGCCAUGCUUAACAUGCCGCCACCUUACGGAUUCAUUCCUCCACAGCAUCAACAAGCCCAGGCGCUGCAGCACAUGCACACCCAGGCCCUUUCGCAGACCCAGGUCCCAGCGCCGCAGGCCAUUCAGCAGCAGCAGAAUGAUUUGACCCGCCAGGCAGCGGCUACGCCUGUGAGCAUAGCACAACAACAGCCGGUGCAGGCCCAGCAGCAACAAAAUAUGCAUGCCCAGCAACAGCAGCAGCAAGUCUUGCAAUUCGCACACGCUCAGGCAGCCGCUAUGGCAGGCCUGGGUUUUUUGCCGGGCAGGGUGCAGGUCCCCGGAGGUGUUGAUGGUGCCGUCGGCGGUGGAGGUGGUGGUGGUAGUGGUGGUGGCCCCGUCCGCUGGUGGCAUAAGCAGCCGCUUAAAGAUCAAGCGGCGGAGAUUACGGAGCGAGUAGCAGGCGCUAAGGGACUGGCUGCUGGGAGUGACCCGGCGCUGAAACAGGCCAAACAUCACUCACAGCCACAGCAGCAGCCACAGGGUUUGGCAGGGCCAUCAGGCAACGCAGUUCUGGCCGCAACCACAAAUGGGCCAGCCUCUAUUGGGCGCACAGUACAGCAGCCACCCCCACAACAACAGCAGCAGCAGCUCCUGCAGAUGGGCAGGGCUACAGCAGGACUAAACUCCUUGUCCAUAGGAGCAAGUAACACGGGUGGGAUUGACGGCCCUGCACUCAGCAGCGCGAAUACCGGUGCAGGGGCCAGAGGCCAGGGUCCCGCUGCGGCGAUGGCAGCAGCUGCUGCAGCGGCUGCAGAGCAGGCGCAGGCGCAUGCUAAGGCGCAACAGCAAGUGCAGGCAUUGUCCUUACAGCAAGCAUUGUUGCAGCAGCAACAGCAGCAGGCGCAGCAACAGCAAAUCCUCCUGCAGCAGCAGAUGCUCCAAUACGGAACCAUGGGUCAACAAGCGCCGUACUUUCUUGUGGGCCAGGCACCGUUGACGGCGGUGGGGCCCCAGACCAACACCGUCUACGCCAACGCGCUGCAACAGCAGCAACAGCUGACGCCUGCACAGCAUCAUCAUUUGCAGCAACAACUAACACCCAUACAGCUGCAACAAUUACAACAUUUGGCACCUGCACAGCAGCAAUGGUAUCUGCAGCAGCUCGCGCUGGGAGGCGGAGCGGCUCCGGAGUGCAAGCAGCAAUAG